UAUCAUCAUGCAACAGGACAUCAUCAUAACCCUUUCUGUGUGUGCAGUUAUUAUCACCGCUGUUUUCUUCGAGUACAGAAUGCAGCAGUUGGAGGAAAAGUGUAAAGAGAUAGAAACAAGAUUUCAGGUACAUCAAAAAUCGGGCAAAAGAGAUAAUACAGUGGACAGUGAACGUGAAACCGACGAUGAAAAAAUUGGAAAAGUAGAGGCAACUUUAAAACGACAUAAUGCUGGGGACUUAAUGGAAGACGAAAUAAAGGAGUUGUCUGCCCAGAGAGCUGUAGCUUUUUCGGCCGCAUUAGGGUCUCCAAUGGAAGACAACGAAACUGUGUCUGAAAUCGUAAUUUACAAUAUCGUUGAAAUCAACAUUGGUGAAGCUUAUGACCCCACCACUGGGAUAUUCAUGGUACCCGAAUCUGGUGUGUACGCUUUCAGUUGGACAAGUGUAACUAUUCCGGGAAAGUGGUACGAAACCGAGAUGAAUAUUAAUGGUCUUCAGAAGAGACUUAAUAGUUGUAAUAAUAAAGGAGAGACAGCAUCAUCUAAUCUUUCUUGCACCUCCAUGGUGAUUGCCGAGGUGAAGAAAGGAGAUAUAGUUUGGAUCGCUAAGUUUGGACAAGAAGGCGAUUAUUUGAUGGAAAUGUAUUCGUCCUUUUCGGGUUGGAAAAUAGGCGAAAUUUCUAAAAGUGACGUUGACUCUAGCUGAUAAUUUUUAUUUCAAUAAUUCAAAUAACGAGUUUAACAAUUAAAAACUUAA